AUGCCUCGACUGGCGUCGUAUAUCCUUCCUCCUACAGGGGAAAAGAAGAAGGAAAAUACUGAUGAAAAGUCGAGAGACGGAACACUGAAGAAUUACAACACCCUAAUCAAGUUUUCAUAUCAGCAACUUUUAGAGCUUUUGAAAUCGUAUUCGGCUGAUCAAAAGAGCGUCAAACUUGUUGUCAAGGACCACCAAAUUCAGGGAAUCAAGGUGGCAGAUAAGCUUGUUUGCAAAGUCUCGAAUCUUAAGGAAUCACGAAUAGAUCUUUUUGCAUCUUUAGCACCCACAAGCAAUGGCCCUACUAAAUGCAUCGGGAUGGGUCUGUUGAACGGCAGGCUGAAUCCUAUAAAUCUUCGCAUGUCGAGCUCUGGGCGCUUAAGUGAUCUUGAACGUCUUUCGACAAAGUUUAAGGCUAUCGAAACUUUGGCUUCACAAACCAACGGGAAUGAUCACCAGAUAAACCCAUCGGAUUUAUCCAAGUUACUUAAUGGGGGAGUUCACCCGUCAACAAUUCGCUCAAUAUAUAAGGACAUUAUUACAAAAAAGGAUGGCGCAACAAUUUUACGACCCGAAUGCCUAUCACAAAUAUCCAAUGCACUCCCUACACCAGAAGUGAGCAAGUAUCUUACUGAUCUUGGCUACCAGGAAGACAAUCCGUUUCGUGUGCUAAUGACGAACGACAAGAAUGCCAUUCCAGUGUUGGUGAAAGAUCACAAAGCUGAACUACCUGUGGUGAAACCUAAAAAGGAAGAACCAAGGGUUAGUAAAAAGCUCACAGAGCAGGAAAGGCCGGAACAGAAGCCUCAGCAGAGUGCAGAAAGCAAUACAGAUACCAUGAAAAUUCAACCAAUAGACAGUAGGACAAUCCGAGCAAAGAAGCAUCAGAAGUCAGCAAAGAGGAUGGAAUUGCAUCCUGUUGAGCCAUAUCCCAAGCUCAAGCCAAUUCCUAAGCAUAAGACACCAAAGGUGGCACCAUAUCCGGUGUUGUCACCGGUGCACAAAAAGGAAACAUCCAGGCGUGAUAGAGGUAUCACAAUUAAGCGGAAACGGGCACCAAAAGAGAGUAUUCGUGCGUCCCGUGUCAAUCUACCAUUCCAGUCAGAGAUAGAAUCGACUGCAGGUAUACCGAGACGCAAAAGAAGAAGAAGAAGCUUGUCAGAUGAUAAGAGAAGCACAUCUUCAUCAGUGUCAUCAAGCUCAGCAUCAGUAAGAAAAUCCAACCAGUCAUCGCCUUUGACUCCAUACACGACGGAGGGAGAGGAUGAUGUGACAAAAACCGAUCCAGGUGUUAUUCAUCCCAAAAGAACGGUUCGCAAUGAACUGUUUGGUGAUGAUCUUGUGCCUUUACCAAGGAAAAGAAGGGUCCAGAGCAAAGCAGAGAUCAGGCAGUUCAUACUGAAAUUUCAAGAUGCAUAUCGCCGGUAUUAUCAACUUUACAGGAGCCUUGAAAACACAGACAUCAGCUCGCGGCCAUUGAAUGCCAUUAAUAACGAAGUGAGGACUUUGAUCUCGCUUGAAAACGACUUGAGAUGCUGGAAAUUGGAAUUGGAGAGGAUGGGUUGA